CUUCACUCCUCCCCGUCGCAUUCGCACCGCAAUUGCCCCCCGCCCAAGCGUUGCCUGACGCUGCCGCUCUUUACGCCAUGCUCUAGUUUCUAUUCUGUGAUACCCCGCUCUUUGUUCAUAAUACUUUUUCGUACAUACAUAGUUCACCGUACCGCGACUCACCGCGCACUACCUAGCACGCGCCGCAAUGGCCACCGGAGCCGAGGAAGUGAAGGUCCCGGAGCCAGUGCAUGGGGCCCAAGGGAGCUCGUUCAAUGCACCGGACUGGGAAUUGCCAGAGGAGGGAACCGCGACCAGAAAGAGACUGCAUCUCGGAUCGGCAAGCACGCGCUGGGCCAUUGCAGACCGCUUCGACCGCGUGCUGCCCCCGUACAAGCGCUACGUCGGCCUCAAGCGUCGCACCUUCCUCCUGGUUCUUCUCGGAGCAUUGCUUGCCGUCAUUGCGCUUGCCGUAGGCCUGGGUGUAGGACUGGGCAACAAGCACAAAGACCAAAACCUGCCCCUGCCCAGUAAUUCCCAGACCUUCACCGGCGACUUGACAUACUACAACCCCGCCCUCGGGGCCUGCGGGAUCGAAAGCAACGACGACUCCCCCAUUGUCGCCGUGUCGCACUUCACCUUUGACGCGGUGCAGAUCGGCAGCGAUCCCAACCAAAACCCCCUCUGUGGAAAGAAGAUCCGAGCGAGACGAAGAAGAGAGGACGGAAAGACAGUCAGCGUUGACUUGACUGUCGUGGAUCGCUGCACGGGGUGUCAACCCACCGACAUCGAUGUCAGCCCGACCAUGUUCGAUAGGCUGGCAGACCAUGACUUGGGGAGGGUAGAUGUGACGUGGGCGUGGCUGACCUGAUUGCCCUUACGCCGCGUAGACCAUUUUCUUGCAAUAUUAAUACUACACCUCGUCGAAGC